UGGUUCUUACCGUGGUACCGGUAAACGAUAUUUUCUGUGAUAUACGAAGGUGAUAUAACGAAAAAACUGUUUUACAGUAGUUAUUGUUCUUUUUACAUUGUGGCAUUGUUUAUUCGAAUGAGAAAAAAAUUAGUGAACGUACUCGAGACAGCACCAGUAUUGAAGUAAUAGUGUGAUUACAGCCAUCAAGCCACUGGCAAAGACAACGGAAUAUGGCUUUUGCAUACGAUUAUUCGAAAGAUCCUCUGAAUUUUGAUGUUCUGGGUAUGGAGGUCCCUUUAAUGAUAACCAAGGAACCACGAUAUUUUACGAUAACAACCGACAGCUACAUAUCGUUGUGCUCUCGGGUCUACGCUGCACUAUGCGCUGAAGACGAUGAAUUUGCUGACAACGUCCCGGAAUCAGUGUUUCAAUAUUAUGCAGUGAUUCUUCUAUGGUUACGGUUUGCAGACCUUCAGCCUAGUUCGAUGAGGUCAUCACAGUUCCUGAAAGAAAUUUAUAAGCUGCCAUGUGAAGAAUUGCAUGUACCCCUGCCAUUGCUAAUAUAUCUGAAGGGAAUCGGUAAUUUUUGUGACAUUGACCAAUGCGAGAGACAGUUUAUGUUACCAGAGUUACCGACCCAUGAAUGCAUCGGUGGAGUCAAAUACACGUAUGGAAAAAUCAGUGCCAAAACACAUCACUAUUAUGAGGCUUUUCCAGCCCCUGGAAUUGCGGCUCUGCGCAUACAGGCUGACAUUCAGUACACAAAAUAUAUUUGCAAUGCAAAUUUAUUUUGGGAUUUACCUGACGAUCUUCGUCCUGAUGUAUUAGAUUCUCGUAUAAAAUCUGCUGCGCCGACUAGAAACCUUUUGGGUUGGGCUCCUGCACAAGAAUUGACUUCUGCACAAUUGGAAUUAUGUCAAUUGCUAGAUAUGAAGGAAUUUCUAAGCAACAAGGUCUCGACUUUAAGCUCAUGUACCAGUGAGUUGUUGAGAACAAUUUCCAAGUACCUUUGCUCUUACAAAAAUCAAACUGGUGGAUACAUACACUCUAAGGAGGUGAAUGGGAAGCAUAUUUGUACGAUGUGCACAAAGUUAAAUACUCUUUCCUUGAAUGGCUCACUGGUUCAGGGAACAUUUGUUGAAAAACGUGAUAAGUGUGUCAAGUUUGACAGAUCUGCCAUGUAUUGCGAUGGAAGUAUAUCCUUGCACUCCCAGUUUCUGCUGAAUAUUUCGUUGAUUAAAGGUGCAAUAAUUUCGGGAUAUCGGAUGAUUAAGGAAUCAACUGGCGAUAGACAUUGUUGGUCCUGCUAUGAUUUUGAUGAGUACACAAAUGUUCCCGAAACUUGGAUUCGUUCUCGAAACAUGGUCUAUGCGUUUGGCUCCGUUGGAAAAUUUCAGGAGAUAAAAUAUACCACCGCAUGUGUCUCAAAGAGAAUUUUACAAAAUGCAUGCAUCCUAAACUCCAUGAUCAAACGUAAAAGUCUAUGGAGCAUUUACGUUUAA